GCGUAGAACGCCACUGCGCGGUCACGCUUUUGAAUGUUGAACCGAAGUCUCCCCUCGGUAACUGUGGUGGUACGCGUGGCUCAGCAGAGACUUCGGCUGAAAGACAGCAUACUACUCUUCCUAUAUCUGCAGAAAUGAGACAGGGCCUUGGAUACGUGACAGGUCCACUUACAUAUUCGGUGAUAUUAGCGUAAGUUUAUUCAGGAACGCCGCGCGAACAGCUGGCUGGUUGUUGCUAGCCGCAAAGCUAGCUCGACAAACCCAUUCCCCACAUGGAUAUUUUAAACGUAACCGCGUAAAUUUCACUUAGUGCCCUUUUCUAGCAGCGCAGACUGGGUUCGUUAGGACUUUUGGAGCUUUUCUCGUUGAAAUCUCCUAAUUUUACAAUGCGACUCUCUAGCACCGCUGUUCUCGGCGCGCUCGCUGCGGUCUUCUUGGAGUAUCACUGGAGAGAGCGGUACUGAGCCAUACUGACACACCGACAUCCAGUUACUCAAUUACGGACACAAUUUCGCCACCGGCUGUUCCUGCAGUGAGUCAGUAUCAUGGAGGCAGGCAGUGGGGCUGCUGCAGUGGUGGGGAGUGUAGCUCUUGGACUGCUCGGAGCCUCUGGAAGUCAUGACAUCUCUGACAGGGCCCUGAGUCCUGGACGACAUCCGGAAGAGGACGACAUCGUGCCAGAGCUUGCCAGGAGCAUCCACCCCCGAGAGCGACCUGACUGGGAAGAAACCAUCAGUGCAAUGGCUCGCAGUGCUGAACUUCCGGAGCUGAGCUCUGAGCCUCUCAUGCGCUCCUGUAGCAACACUGCCAGCAUGAAGGUCAAGAAUGUCAAAAAGCUCUCAUUCACCAAGGGCCACUUUCCAAAGUUAGCCGAAUGUGCCCACUUUCAUUACGAAAAUGUCGACUUUGGAACAAUACAGCUGACCCUCGCAGAUGAACAGUGCGAAGUGACACGGAAUGGCCUGGAAUCAAAAGAACCUGUGUAUUUGGUGCAGAUCUACUGUCAGGGACGUAGCUGGAUCGUGAGGCGGAGCUAUGAAGAUUUCCGAGUCCUGGAUAAGCAUCUCCAUCUCUGCAUCUAUGACCGGCGCUUCUCACAGCUCCCUGAGCUGCCCCGCUUCGACAGCCUGAGGGAGAGAGCAGAGACAGUUUCCCAGAUGCUGAUGGCUUACCUCUCCCGUCUGUCAGCAAUUGCUGACAACAAGAUCAACUGUGGGCCGGCCCUCACAUGGAUGGAGGUUGACAACAAAGGGAAUCACUUGCUGGUACAUGAGGAGUCGUCUAUCAAUGUUCCAGCUAUUGCAGCCGCCCACGUGAUCAAACGCUAUAUUGCACAGGCAGCUGAUGAGCUGUCAUUUGAGGUGGGGGAUAUUGUUUCAGUGAUAGAUAUGCCACCCAAAGAGGACACCACCUGGUGGAGAGGAAAACAUGGUUUUCAGGUGGGCUUCUUUCCCAGCGAGUGCGUGGAGCUGAUAAACGACAAGGUCCCGCAGUCUGUCACCAACUCUGUGCCAAAACCAGCGUCCCCCUGCUCUGGUCUGCGGCCGGCCUCCUGGAGUCUGUUCCCACCCUAUUUGGAGAUGGAGAGUAUAAAGCAGGACAGUGCAUUGGCACCCGACCCAUUAAACCCCUACAGGCUGAGCUCAGGUAGACCAAACUGCUUAUCCAUAUACUGCGUCUAACACGGACUAAUCCCAAACUCUCCUGUGCACCUCUGCACAGCCACCGCCGCUGACAGGUCUCCUAAACAUUACUGGCACUUCAUAGAUGUAGUAUCACUGGUCUUUCCUAACAACACAAAGGA